AUGGACCAAGGAAUGAAUUAUGUAUUAGAGUACCAUCUUGAAAUUAUGUCUGAAAUUUUAAAAUUUAAAGCUCAGACAACCCCGUUUAAAGACUAUCUUUUUUCCAAUAAUGCUUUAAAUAAUACUUCUAGUAUAACAUGGUGGUUAGCAUUAAGAAAUAAUAUUUCUGAAAAAAUGUUAUCCUUAAAUAUGCAACUGCAUUCGGCUGUUGCAUCUAGUGCAGUACUCUCAACAUUUGGGUUCAUUUAUUCAAAAGUUAGAAAUCGAUUGGGAAUUCAAAAAGCAGGAAAACUGAUUACCAUAUUUAAACAUUUAAACAAAUAA